AUGCAUCCUGAUAUCAAGCAAUAUUCUAAGACUUGUGGUUGUAAGUACAAAAACUGUCUUGUUUCGAACGACAAGAAAUUGUUUUUGAAAAGCGAUGCAGUUAUUUUUCACGGGCGUGAUGUUUCGGCAAGAUCACCUAAUUGGGUGGAAUUAAACAAAGCGAGACCAAAGUCACAAAUCUGGGUAUACCUUAUUCUAGAAAACCCGUACAAUACACCAAACACCAAUACGUAUAGUAAAUAUUUUAAUUUGACAUUUUCGUAUAGACAAAGUAGCGAUAUUAUGCGUCCAAGAUCAAGGUUUAGAAAGCUGACUUCAAACGAGAAACGCUCAAUGCUGAAUGUGAAUUAUGCAGCCGGAAAAAAUGAAUUAAUGAACUGGUUUGUUAGCCAUUGCGGCACGUUCCGAGAUCGCGUUAUGCUAGCAUUAGAGAAGUUCGGUGUUACAAUGUCUAUUGGAGGAAAUUGUUUUAAAAACAAGAAACGUAUCCAUUGCUCAGAUAAACAAUGUUUAAAUGAACAGCGCAAGUUUAAAUUUUACUUUGCUGCUGAAAACGCCUUUUGUGAUGAUUACAUAACAGAAAAAUAUUGGGUGAAACCUUUCAUUGCUGAUCAGGUACCAGUUGUUCUUGGUGGUGCAAACUACACCAGGCUGGCAAUACCUGGUUCAUAUAUAGAUGCAUUUCAGUUUCAAUCAGUGAAACAACUGGCCGACUAUAUUAAGAUGCUUGAUGGUAAUGAUACAGCAUAUAACCAAUACUUUAAAUGGAAACAAACAUACAAACUUAUUUUCGAAGAUUAUAAAGGUUGCCAUUAUGGAGUGUGCAAAUUGUGCGAGAUUCUGAACAACAAGAACUAUUCAUAUAAGCCUUUAGAUUUAAAGGAAGUCAUCAAUUCUGAAAAAGAAUGCAGGAAGCAAAGUAAUUUUGCUAACGAGUGGCUUAGCAGGACGAGUUGA